AUGAUGGUGCUACUGGCUGGUAUUCCGCUUUUCUAUAUGGAACUCUCAUUAGGUCAAUACUACCGUAAAGGUGCAAUAACUACAUGGGGUCGUGUUUGUCCUAUGUUCAAAGGCAUUGGGUACUGCGUAAUUUUGAUCGCUUUCUACACGGACUUCUUCUAUAAUGUUGUCAUCGCUUGGGGUUUACAUUACUUGUAUGCCUCAUUUACGAUAAACUUACCCUGGGCCAGCUGCAACAACUCGUACAAUAGUCCUGCAUGCUAUGAGCCAAGCUGGAGUGACGGAUCGUCUGAAUGCCGCCCGCCAACAUUAGAUGAGUCAUCGCGAAUCUCAGCUGCAGAAGAGUAUUUUUACAAGGGGUUUUUGGGACUUCAUGCACCGGGUGAUACUACAUCACAUGUGGCAAGAGGACUGGACAACUUGGGAGGCAUGAACUGGCACAUUGUGGUGGUAUGGUUUACUGCUCUGUUUCCUUACGUCGUUUUGGGCGUGCUGUUCAUUCGCGGCAUCACUUUGCCCGGAUCUUCUCUGGGCAUUGAAUACUAUCUCAAACCGAACAUCAAGAUGCUUAAGGAACCUUCUGUUUGGCAAGACGCGGCCACACAAGUUUUCUUCUCCCUCGGACCCGGCUUUGGUGUUUUGAUGGCUUAUUCUUCAUACAAUGACUUCAACAACAACGUUUACAUUGAUGCCCUGAUCACGAGUGCAAUCAACUGUGGAACCAGCUUCCUAUCUGGAUUUGUUAUCUUUUCGGUGAAAAACAGUGUAAAACAUGCAAAAAAUAUAAUGCAGCUAUUGUUGAGGUCCUCGGCUAUAUGUCUUGCAAAAGUGGAAAACCUAUUGAUGCCGUAG